UUUCAAUCAUGUUGUUUUGGCGUCUGUAAAUGAAUCUUUCUUCUGUUAAACGCAGUGGAUUUUUAGGGGAAGUGAGGUGAGUGUUGUCAGUUAUCCACACCCCGUCCGUUAGGAGCAGUAGCGCCAAAGUUUUAUUUGUGCCAGUAGAGAAGAAGUACUGGAUCCGUGCUAAUCGCCGAUAAACAAGACGAAGACGAAAAGGAGCGAUGCGUGGAUCGGGACUAUGAGAAAACUAUUUUAUUUGGUGCAAUCUAAUGUUUGAGUGAAGGCAGACCUAUUAUUUAAGAAGAAUGAUUCAUAACCUGUUGAUUUAAGUCAGAAAGGCCAAGUUUGCUGGUUCCCGUUAGCGGCGGCUAGCGGCCUACGCUAAGUAGAAGUAGCAUACUUUACUUCGUCCGCUGCUUCUUUGCGGCGAUUCGACAGGAGAAGCGCGUUAUUUCAUAUCCAUGAGGCUCUGGAUUGAAACGAUUUGAGGGAAAAGUGGUGGUAUCCCUGUGGGAUAGCCGCACUCGAUACCAUCCGCUAACAUGUCUUUAGUAGCCUACGGCAGCAGCGAUGAUAGCGAUGGUGAAGGAACGUCUUUAAAACAAGGCUCAGGGGGACUCUUCUCCCUCCUGCCAGCCCCCCAAAAGCCAUCUGGGGCGGGCAGGACGUCGAGUGACGAUCUGCGACAAGGCAAGACGACCUUAUUGUCAGGUUUGCCGAAACCCAAGAAGCGCACAGAACCUGUGAGGAUUACCGUACCGCAAAUCGAGAAGAAUGACUCAGACUCGGAUGACGACGAACCAAUGAAGAAGAAACUCCAGUCCCAGGGCGCAGGUAGCGGUCUGUCUUCUCUCCUGCCGCAACCCAAAAACCUGACUGUGAAGGUGACCGACAGACCUUUAAUUCCCCACACGCUCACCAAGCGGCCGGAUCCCAAAGGAGUCAGUCCGGGCACUCUCACGCCUGGCCUGCUGGGCCCCAGCGCGUCACCCUCUGCCAUCAAAGCGGCAGCCAAGUCGGCGGCACGGCAGCUGGCCAGACAGAUUGUAGCCACGGACGAGCACGAGGAGGACAUCUCGCCACAGAAUUACUUCUCGUUGGGUGAGAGCCCCGAGCCGCCGCCUCCGGCCGUCGUUCCAAGUUACGAACCUGAGCCCGUCGUUGCCGCGGUGGAGCCGCUCCCCGCGCCGCUUCCUCCGCCGCCCCCUGGUGACGAGCUGGGUCAGUCGGAUGCCCCCCUCGACUUUGGAGCAGGGCACGAGGCGGCUGCCGCGUGGGGGGGCCAGUAUCAGCGGCCCAUGGCGGGACCAGAGUCUUGUCCUGAGGGAUACGAUGGCAACGCAGCUUAUUACCAAGAUGCAAAACCCGGCUUGCCCGAAGACGAAGAAGCCGGUAACUCAGCCAUGUUUGAUGAUGAAGCGUUCAUGCGGCUUCAGGGCAAAAGGAACCGAGGGAAAGAGGAAGUGAAGUUCCUGGAAAUUAAAGGCGACGACCAGCUGAGUGGCCACCAACAGUGGAUCACCAAAAGCAUGUCGGAGGAGAAGCAGACCCGCGGCUCUUUCAGCAAGAAAAGGGGAGGAAUGCCCACAGGACAACAGAGGCGCAAGCACCAGAUUACAUAUCUCAUCCACCAGGCGAAGGAACGUGAGCUGGAGCUGAAGAACAGCUGGGCUGAAAACCGGAUGACCCGCCGGCAGACCCAGGCCAAAUACGGUUUCUAAGCACCAUGCCCUUGGGGAGUCUGGCAUGAAGGAGACUGGCGCUUUCUGUAGAUUAAAAAAAAAAACAACCCAAAUGCACAUUUUCCUCAUCUGUUUGUUCAUGACUCCUUUUUCCAAGUAAACAAAGUUCGCUUCCAGACACUUGUGGCUGAGUUUUAGAUACCGCUGGGUUGUAAAUGUAUUCCUUUGUACUGUAUGAAUUUACGCUCAUGUAACAAACAUUUUGUGUUAGUCUCGGUUUAGUGAAAGGACGUCACGCUUCCCAGGAAAGGUCCCAGAGCAUUCACAUUCGACCGGAGACAUAUUGAUGUGGAAUUUUGUAUUAAACAUGGUGAUGCACACCAAUGUCAAA